ACAAUAGAAAUGUGUAAAAUAUUUUGAAAAAUAUAAAACGUAGUAAAUAGUAAAUACUAUGGUAAAAUCUUAUUAGAUUGAUGCUUUACGCUAGGUAUUGGCAAAACAAAUGUCUCGAAAGCAGGUGGUAAAUUUAAUACCAAACUAUCCAGCGAAAACAAUUUGCACAAAAGUGUGGUUCAUUUGAUAUUUUAUUUCGCACAACAAUGACGUCUAGAUUCACAAAAGAAAUCAUCCGUGUCUUGGUAUUUGCGAAAUUCCCCCACUCCUAAUUCAAACGUACCGCUUGGAAUCAGCGGUCGGUUUCAGAGCUAUAAAAGCUGUAGUUCGGUCGUGUUUCUAAUUUAGACCAAGCGCGAACUUCCAAACAAAGGAUGGCGGUGCGACCGACGCAUGUUUUUCUCACUGGUCCGCCAGGCGUCGGUAAAACAACGCUCGUGAGGCAACUAAAAGAUUCUUUAUUAUCAUGCUGUCCAAUAAGGGGAUUUUACACUGAAGAAAUAAGACAAGGCGGACGCCGAAUUGGUUUUGACGUAGUAUUAGUAAACGGAAAUCGAUGUCCGUUAGCACGAAUCGAAGAAGACCGUUUUCCAUCUUCAUACAAAAAGCGGCCAAAAGUUGGGAAAUACAGUGUUUAUACUGACGAAUUCGAGCAACAAGUUUUGUCAGAAUUGAAAAAAGCUCAAACCGAUGAUGUAAAAUCGAUUUUUGUUUUGGAUGAAAUCGGUAAAAUGGAAUUGUUCAGUUCAAAAUUUAAAACUGAGGUUAUGAAGGUAUUUGAAAGCAAGGGAACUGUUAUUCUGGGAACUAUCCCAGUCAAAAAAGGCUCUGGUAUUCUUUUUGUCGAGAAUAUUCGCAGAAGAGAGGAUGUAAAAUUAUUCGAAGUAUCGUUUGCCAAUAGAAACCGUUUGUUUGAAGACAUUUUAAAUUCAUUAAAAAGCAUAAAUGAAAUAUAAUAAUUUAAACAACACAUUUCAUUUUAAAUUUAGUGUAUAACAGCUAUGUAUAGGUAUAGCUUUGGUGUUCCCCGCAUAAUACUCUUCUUUUUUCUUUUCUCAUGGUGGUUUUGUUAUUCUCCUAAGUUAAAUGUUAAGUUUUAGGUUUCCAUGUGCGUUUGCAAAGUUUCAUUUAAGUAAUUAAAUACUUUAUCAAUUUCUUGCCACAUGCCCACAUGGCAGACGAGACGUUUCUUUAAAAAUUCAUUUAUAUAAAUCUUUAGGUAAUUCUUAAAUUUUUUUUUUCAAAUAUUAAAAUCGGUCUAUCCAGUAUCCAAAAAUCACUUAGCGGUUAGCUUAAAAGGUGUUUUUAUUUAUUAUUUACUUACUUAUACACCCACUGUCGCA